ACCGUCCUCACUCCCCGUUGCACGGCCCAGGCGUGUCACUGGGGAUCCCGGGGCGAAAGGACAACGUGGGGCCGGAUCCACGGCCGCCGGAUCAAUCAAGAGAGGCUCUGGGCUCCCUCGUGGCUCCCCGGCGGGCACGGGCCGGCGCGGAGAUGCGCAGCGUGAUUCUGACAUUUCAUGACAUGUCGUUACCUAGAGCAGUAAUGAACAUUGACCUGUCUCGGAUUAGUUGAUGACUUUUGGAAAUGAUCCAAUAAUAUCUACUACAGAGAAGUGGAUACUUCCUUUGGAACGAAUAACCCAGAUUGUUAGUGAAUUUUUCAAGAUGACAGAUCCAAUGAUGGACUUUUUUGAUGAUGCCAAUCUUUUUAGUGAGACCUUAGAAGGUUUGUCAGAUGAUGCAUUUGUACAACCAGGACCUGUUUCACUAGUUGAUGAAUUGAACUUGGGUGCAGAAUUUGAACCUUUGCACAUAGACUCAUUGAACCAUGUUCAAGGUACUCCAACGCAUCAGAAGAUGACUGAUUAUGAACAGUUAAAUCAGUUUGAUUCAGUGAAAUUUCAUCAGGUUAAUCAGUCUUUUGGUAGCCCAGCUGAACAUGUGUUAUCUCCGCACUCUCAGUUUAAUUGUUCUCCAAUCCACCCCCAAAACCAACCCAAUGGUUUAUUUCCAGAUGUAGCAGAUGGCAGUCCAAUGUGGGGCCAUCAGACAGCUACUAGCAUUUCAAAUCAAAAUGGGUCUCCUUUUCACCAACAAGGACAUUCUCACUCUAUGCAUCAAAACAAAAGCUUUGUGGCACACCAUGACUUUGCCUUAUUUCAGGCCAAUGAACAACACACACAGUGCACUUCACUGCGCUCGCAACAAAACAGGAAUAAUCUUAACCCAGGGCAAAAUUCUGUCAGCCAGUCUAAAAAUUUUAUGGAUGUUAAUGUUUCUGGUCCACACAGAGUCAGUGUCAACCACCCACCACAGAUUACCAAUGCAUCUACUUCACAGCAGUCUCUUUUGAUGCAACAGUUUUCUCAAACAUCAAAUCCUUCAGUACACUUUCUCAAGUGUAGCAACCGGCAAGAAGGAAAUUUUAAUGGACCGUCUCCAAAUAUGACAUCUUGUUCUGUCAGUAACUCACAGCAAUUUUCUUCACAUUAUUCCUUUUCUAGUAAUCACGUAUCACCAAAUAGUCUUCUCCAGUCCUCUGCAGUUCUUGCACCCAAUCAUACAAAUCAGACUUUAUCUGAUUUCUCUGGAAGUAAUUCCUUUUCACCUCAUAGGGGAAUCAAGCAAGAAUCUACUCAGCAUAUGCUCAAUCCCAAUACAUCACUGAAUUCAAGUAAUUUCCAAAUGUUGCAUUCAACACAUCCUCAGGGUAAUUACAGCAAUUCAAAAUUAUCUCCUGUGCAUGUGAACUUCCAGGAUCCUGUUGACUCAGGAACGCAAAUGGGCCAUUUCAAUGAUCAUGUAGAAACUAAUGGCUUUUCAUCUUUAGAAGAGAAUUUACUUCAUCAAGUGGAGUCUCAAACUGAGCCAUUCACAGGACUUGAUCCAGAAGACCUCCUUCAGGAGGGUCUCCUUCCCCAGUUUGAUGAGUCAGCGUUUGGGCAAGAUAAUUCAAGUCAUGUUUUAGAUCAUGACCUUGAUCGGCACUUUACUUCACAUCUUGUAACACGGCCUUCUGAUGUGGCUCAAACUCAGUUUCAUUCUCAGGCUCGGAGCUGGCAUUCAUCAAUUUCUAAUCAUCAGCAUUUACAUGACAGAAAUCGCCUAUGUUUACAGCGACAGCCUCCGUCUUCCAAGAAGAAUGAUGGUUCUGGGACAUACACUAAGUUGCAGAAUACCCAGGUGAGGAUCGUGUCCGAGAAGAAGCAGAGAAAAAAGGUGGAAUCAGAAAGCAAGCAAGAAAAGGCCAAUCGUAUAAUAUCAGAGGCCAUAGCCAAAGCAAAGGAGCGUGGGGAGCGCAAUAUCCCACGAGUCAUGAGCCCUGAGAACUUUCCUAGUGCUUCAGUUGAAGGAAGAGAGGAGAAGAGAGGCAGAAGGAUGAAAGCCAAGCCAAAGGACAAAGAGAGCAAAAAAGCAAGAACUUGUUCUAAGUUAAAAGAGAAGUCAAAAAUUGGCAAACUCAUUAUUACAUUGGGUAAGAAACAAAAAAGAAAGAAUGAGUCUUCAGAUGAAAUAUCUGAUGCAGAGCAGAUGCCACAGCGUGCAUGCAAAGAGGAAGACUCUCAAAAAAGAAGAUCAAAUCGACAAAUUAAAAGGAAAAAGUACGCAGAAGAUGGAGAGGGGAAACAAUCUGAGGAAGAGGUUAAAGGUUCUAUGAAAAUAAAAAAGAAUUCAGCUCCUUUACCGGGGGAACAGCCUUUACAGUUAUUUGUGGAGAAUCCAAGUGAAGAAGAUGCAGCAAUUGUGGACAAAAUAUUAUCUUCAAGAAUUGUGAAAAAGGAAAUAUCACCUGGAGUGAUGAUUGAUACAGAAGAAUUUUUUGUAAAAUACAAGAAUUACUCCUAUCUUCACUGUGAAUGGGCCACAGAACAGCAGCUUUUGAAAGAUAAAAGGAUCCAGCAGAAAAUCAAACGAUUCAAAUUGAGACAAGCACAAAGAGCACAUUUUUUUGCAGACAUGGAAGAAGAACCAUUUAACCCAGACUACGUAGAAGUAGACAGAGUGUUAGAAGUCUCUUUUUGUGAGGAUAAAGAUACUGGUGAGCCCGUCAUUUACUACUUAGUAAAGUGGUGCUCAUUACCGUAUGAAGAUAGCACCUGGGAACUAAAAGAAGAUGUAGAUCUUGCAAAAAUAGUAGAGUUUGAACAAUUGCAAUCUUCAAGACCUGACACAAGACAUUUGAUCAAUCCAGGGACUAUAAAAAUGGUAAUCAACUCAGGGAAUAUCAACUGGAAGGACUCAACUGGCUUUUGUUCAAUUGGUACAAUAGAUACAAGCCCCUGGAAGCAGAGAACAUGUUCUAUUUCUUUUGUAUCCCAUCUUCUCAUACUGUCCCUGAGAUAUAGAAGACGAAACUGCAUUUUAGCAGAUGAAAUGGGUCUUGGCAAAACAAUUCAAUCAAUUACAUUCCUCUACGAAAUCCUUCUGACUGGUAUAAGAGGACCUUUCCUGAUUAUUGCUCCACUUUCUACUAUUGCAAACUGGGAGAGAGAAUUUCGUACGUGGACUGAUAUUAAUGUUGUGGUUUAUCAUGGGAGCCUGAUUAGCAGACAGAUGAUACAGCGGUAUGAGAUGUACUUCAGGGACUCACAGGGGCGUAUCAUUCGAGGAGCUUACAGAUUCCAAGCCAUCAUCACCACUUUUGAAAUGAUUCUUGGAGGAUGUGCAGAGCUUAAUGCAAUUGAAUGGCGAUGUGUGAUCAUUGAUGAAGCACAUAGGUUAAAAAACAAAAAUUGUAAACUUCUAGAAGGUCUGAAACUCAUGAAUCUGGAACACAAGGUGCUUUUGACAGGCACGCCUCUCCAAAACACAGUUGAAGAACUAUUCAGUCUUCUUCACUUUCUAGAACCUUUAAGGUUUCCUUCUGAACCAACAUUUAUGCAAGAAUUUGGGGAUCUGAAAACAGAGGAACAGGUGCAGAAACUUCAGGCUAUACUGAAACCGAUGAUGUUGAGACGAUUGAAGGAAGAUGUGGAGAAGAAGUUGGCACCAAAAGAAGAAACCAUCAUUGAAGUGGAACUUACUAACAUUCAAAAGAAAUACUACCGGGCUAUUUUGGAGAAGAACUUUUCAUUUUUAUCCAAAGGAGCAGGACAGACUAAUGUACCUAACUUGGUCAAUACCAUGAUGGAGCUCAGGAAGUGCUGUAACCAUCCAUAUCUUAUCAAAGGUGCUGAGGAGAAAAUACUUGGAGAAUUUAGAGAUACAUAUAAUCCAGCUGCUUCUGAUUUUCAUCUCCAAGCAAUGAUCCAGUCUGCUGGUAAAUUGGUCCUUAUUGAUAAAUUGCUUCCCAAAAUGAAAGCAGGAGGUCAUAAAGUGCUCAUCUUCUCUCAGAUGGUACGCUGCCUUGACAUCCUGGAGGACUAUCUUAUACAUAAAAGAUAUUUAUAUGAGCGAAUUGAUGGCAGAGUCAGAGGAAAUCUUCGACAAGCUGCUAUAGAUCGAUUUAGUAAGCCUGACUCAGAUCGAUUUGUUUUCCUGCUGUGUACCCGAGCUGGUGGGCUGGGCAUCAACUUAACUGCUGCUGAUACAUGUAUAAUUUUUGACUCUGAUUGGAAUCCUCAAAAUGACCUUCAGGCCCAAGCUCGUUGUCACAGAAUUGGUCAGAAUAAAGCAGUUAAAGUCUACCGAUUAGUAACUCGUAACUCAUACGAGAGGGAGAUGUUUGACCGAGCCAGUCUGAAACUGGGUCUAGACAAGGCUGUGUUGCAGAGCAUGAGUGGAAGAGAAAGUAAUGUUGGUGGUAUUCAACAGCUUUCCAAAAAGGAAAUAGAAGAUCUGCUUCGAAGAGGAGCUUAUGGUGCCAUUAUGGAAGAAGAAGAUGAAGGUUCUAAAUUCUGUGAAGAGGACAUUGAUCAGAUUUUACUACGACGUACAAAAACUAUUACAAUUGAGUCAGAAGGACGUGGGUCAACAUUUGCUAAGGCGAGUUUUGUGGCAUCUGGAAAUCGGACAGAUAUUUCCUUAGAUGAUCCCAACUUCUGGCAAAAAUGGGCUAAAAAGGCAGAAAUAGAUAUAGAUACCAUCAGUGGUAGAAACAGCUUGGUUAUUGACACUCCAAGAAUUAGGAAGCAAACAAGACCCUUUAGUGCCACAAAAGAUGAAUUGGCUGAAUUAUCUGAAGCCGAAAGUGAAGGAGAAGAAAAGCCCAAACUCCGGAGGCCCUGUGACCGUUCUAAUGGAUAUGGAAGAACUGAAUGCUUUAGAGUAGAGAAAAAUCUGCUGGUUUAUGGAUGGGGCCGAUGGAGAGAGAUUCUAUCUCAUGGUCGUUUUAAAAGACAGCUAAAUGAGCAUGAUGUAGAAAUAAUUUGCCGAGCCCUCUUAGCAUAUUGCCUUGUUCACUACCGAGGAGAUGAGAAAAUAAAAGGCUUCAUAUGGGACCUCAUUACUCCAACCGAAGAUGGACAAACUCGAGAGCUUCAGAAUCAUCUAGGCCUAUCAGCCCCCGUACCCAGGGGCCGAAAAGGGAAGAAAGUAAAGACCCAGACAAGCUCAUUUGAUAUACAGAAAGCAGAAUGGCUUCGAAAAUAUAAUCCUGAGCAGCUACUUCAAGAUGAAGGCUACAAAAAACAUAUAAAGCACCACUGUAAUAAGGUUUUGCUUCGUGUAAGAAUGCUUUAUUAUCUAAAGCAAGAAGUCAUUGGAAAUGAGUGCCAGAAAGUAUUUGAUGGAGUUGAUGCAAGUGACAUUGAUGUUUGGGUCCCAGAACCAGACCACUCAGAAGUUCCUGCUGAAUGGUGGGAUUUUGAUGCUGAUAAGUCACUCCUUAUUGGAGUUUUUAAACAUGGCUAUGAGAAAUAUAACACUAUCCGAGCAGACCCGGCAUUAUGCUUCUUGGAAAGAGUGGGGAAGCCUGACGAAAAAGCAGUGGCUGCAGAACAGAGGGCAAAUGAUUACAUGGACGGGGAUGUGGAAGAUCCAGAAUACAAACCUGCCCCGGCUUUCUUUAAAGAUGACAUAGAGGAUGAUGUUUCCUCACCAGGAGAUCUUGUUAUAGCAGAUGGAGAUGGUCAACUGAUGGAGGGUGAUAAAGUUUAUUGGCCUACUCAGUCGGCUUUAACCACACGUUUGAGGCGUCUCAUCACUGCAUAUCAGCGCACUAAUAAAAAUAGACAAAUCCAGCAAAUCCAACCUACUUUCUCAGUGCCUGCCAGCGUCAUGCAGCCUCUUUAUGAAGAAGCCACUCUUAAUCCUAAAAUGGCAGCCAAGAUAGAAAGACAGCAAAGAUGGACAAGAAGAGAAGAAGCUGACUUUUACAGAGUGGUGUCUACAUUUGGAGUGGUAUUUGAUCCUGACAGAGGUCAAUUUGAUUGGACAAAAUUUAGAGCUAUGGCUAGGCUACAUAAGAAAACUGACGAUAGCUUGGAGAAAUAUUUGUAUGCAUUCAUGUCUAUGUGUCGGAGGGUUUGCCGUCUUCCUUCCAAAGAAGAAUUGGUGGAUCCAAAUAUUUUUAUUCAGCCAAUCACAGAAGAACGUGCUUCUAGGACUUUGUAUCGCAUUGAACUUCUAAGGAAAGUAAGGGAACAGGCGCUCCGCCAUCCGCAAUUGUGUGAACGCUUGAAGCUUUGCCAUCCAAAUCCAGACUUGCCAGUCUGGUGGGAAUGUGGCCCUCAUGAUAGGGACUUGCUUAUUGGAGCCGCUAAACACGGGGUGAGCCGAACAGACUAUCACAUCCUUCGUGAUCCUGAACUCUCAUUUAUGGCAGCACAGAGGAACUACAGUCAGAAUAGGAUGGCUCAUUCAAGGACCUCCACGCCGCUGUUACAGCAAUAUCAAGUAGCACUUUCUGCUUCUCCUCUGACCUCUCUACCUAGGAUCCUAGAUGCUAAAGGUACUGUUCUAGCGGACCUGAAAGUGAAAAAUGAAAAUCUUAAAGAGGAGCCUCAGUCUUCGGAAGAGGAAUCCAUGUCUUCUGAGGAAACCAGGACACUAAUAAAGUCUGAGCCUGUAAGUCCAAAGAAUGGUGUUUUACCACAGGCUGCUGGAGACCAGAAAUCUGGCGGGAAAGGGGAAGCAGAUAGACGCAUGGUUGCCGCCAGAACAGAACCCCUGACUCCAAACCCUGCGUCUAACAAACAGCGCGUCCACAAAAGAGGGUCAGCAUCUAGUUCAGACUCUGACUCUGAUUCCGAGAGGUCCUCCUGUUCUUCCAGAUCGUCGUCUUCCUCGUCUUCCUCCUCCUCUUGUUCCCACUCUCGUUCAGGCUCCAGUUCUUCUUCAUCCUCCUCUUGUUCUUCAGCAUCGUCUUCAUCCUCAUCGUCUUCCUCCUCCUCCUCCUCCUCUUCAUCGUCAUCAGAAGAAAGUGACAGUGAAGAAGAGGAAGUCCAAAAGCGAGCAGGAGGUACCCCUCACAUGAAAGCCUAUGAUGAAGAAAGCGUUGCAUCACUGAGCACUACCCAGGAUGAGACCCAGGACAGCUUCCAGAUGAACAAUGGGACACCAGAGUCUGCCUACAUCUUACACAGUGGAUACAUGCUGGCAGCUUCCUAUUGGCCAAAGGAUCGUGUGAUGAUCAACCGGUUGGACAGUAUUUGUCAAACAGUUCUGAAAGGGAAGUGGCCUUCAGCUAGAAGAAGUUACGAUGCCAACACAGUGGCUUCUUUCUAUACCACAAAGCUGCUGGACAGCCCUGGCGCAGCCACAGAGCUUCGCGAGCCCAGUGUGCCCACUCCUCCCCGUGCCGGUGUGAAGGAAGAACAUGAUCAGUCAGCACAGAUGUCAAAGGUGAAGAAGCAUGUACGAGAAAAGGAGUUUACAGUGAAAAUCAAAGACGAAGGUGGUUUGAAGCUGACAUUUCAGAAGCAAGGAUUUGCUCAGAAAAGGCCACCCGACACUGAAGACUGUGGGCUGGGCCAGCAGCAGCACCUCCCUCGGCUGCGGGAGCUCCCAGGUGCAUCCGAGACCAGCCUCACCAGUGUUGCAAAGUGUACGCCCGUGUCAGGUACUUCCAGUCAAUCUGCUGCUGGUGCCAAUGGAGUUAUAUUAGACAACCAGCCUAUAGUCAAAAAAAGGCGGGGAAGGAGGAAGAAUGUAGAAGGUGUUGACAUCCUCUUUUUUAACAAAAAUAAACCACCCAAUCACGUCACUUUGGGCUUAACCACCUCCCAAAUUACUCCAGGGAUAAACCCAGCACUGUCCUAUCCUCAGCCUCAAGGCAUUCCUGACACAGAAAGUCCAGUCCCAGUCAUUCACCUGAAAGAUGGAACAAGACUUGCUGGUGAUGAUGCACCGAAGAGAAAGGAUUUAGAAAAAUGGCUUAAGGAGCACCCAGGUUAUGUGGAAGAUUUAGGAGCUUUUAUACCUAGAAUGCAGCUCCAUGAAGGGAGGCCCAAACAAAAAAGGCAUCGCUGUAGAAACCCCAAUAAACUAGACGUCAACAGUCUCACUGGGGAAGAACGUGUCCAGCUGAUUAACAGAAGAAAUGCCAGAAAGGUUGGAGGUGCAUUUGCUCCUCCUCUGAAAGAUUUGUGUAGAUUCCUGAAAGAAAAUUCAGAAUAUGGAGUCGCUCCUGAAUGGGGAGAUGUUGUUAAACAAUCUGGAUUUCUUCCAGAAAGUAUGUACGAACGUAUUCUCACUGGCCCUGUUGUGAGAGAGGAAGUAAGCAGGCGAGGGAGACGGCCUAAAAGUGGAAUUGCGAAGGCCACAGCCGCGGCGGCGGCUGCCAAUGCCACCAGUGUUGCAGGCAGUCCUUUGUUAGCCAAUGGAUUACUUCCAGGUAUGGAUCUCACAACUCUUCAGGCCUUACAACAAAACCUACAAAACUUGCAGUCACUGCAAGUAACCGCAGGGCUGAUGGGAAUGCCUGCCGGCCUUUCUUCUGGAGGAGAAGCUAAAAACGUGGCCGCCAUGUUCCCCAUGCUGCUGUCAGGAAUGCCUGGAUUACCAAAUCUGUUGGGCAUGGGCGGACUCUUGACAAAGCCUGCAGAAUCUGGAACAGAAGAGAAAAAGGGAAAUGACUGUAAGGAGCUAGAAGGAAAAAAAGAAAGGACAGAGAGCCAAAAUUCAGAGAAUGGUGGAGAAAACUCUGUGUCAAGUUCUCCUUCAACAUCCUCUACUGCUGCAUUAAAUGCAGCUGCAGCUGCCAACUCCCUAGCUCUUAACCCACUGCUACUAUCUAAUAUACUCUAUCCAGGGCUUCUCACUCCAGGCCUUAAUCUUCAUAUUCCAGCUUUGUCCCAGUCCAAUACUUUUGAUGUACAGAAAAGCAAGAGCAGUGACUUAGGCUCGUCUAAGUCUGUGGAAGGAAAGGAAGAAGAUUCCAGAGUUAGCGAUCAGGAAGACAAAGGGGGAACCGAGCCGAGUCCUCUCAAUGAAAACAGCACAGAUGAGGGUUCAGAGAAAGCCGAUGCUUCCUCUGGAUCUGACAGUACCUCGUCGUCAUCCGAGGACUCAGAUUCUAGUAACGAAGACUGAUUCCUAGACGAUGCUUAAAUUAUGAACUUGUUUUGGAUUUUUUUUUCUUUAAUCAUUCAUUGUAAAUACCCCAGUGUGGAGUGCAUCCAUAACUUACUGACCGAACAUUUCAGUUAUUUGUUUAGAAGUGCAAACUGCUAUCAGAGACAUUUUGCAUGUAAUAUUUCUUAAGGUUCAUAAGUUUUUGAACUCGUAUGUACUAUCAACUACAUAAAGGUGUAAAAUUACAACAAAAGGCAUUAUAAUUUUGUUGGGGGUUAAUUUUAUGAAAAUUAUGCUCAAUAAGAGUUGUAUAUUUAAUAUAUUUGCAGUGAACACAGAAUACUUUAUGCAUAUUACUGAUUUAAUUUGAAUAUAGUUUUACAGCCUCCUUGACACCUAUAAUUUACAGAUCAAAACUCAGCAAUAAUUUGGGCAGCUAAUGAAUGUCAUGAAAGCUGUAGAAUCUACAUCACCAUUCAUUGCUUUAAUUACAUGAAAAUGCUCUAGUGUUUUGAUGCACUGCUGAUGUUUCCAAUUCAGGUACAAGUGUGUUUGGAAAAAGAAAUAAGUUUCCCAAUCAGCCAAUUUAACUGGCUACCUGUUACCUCAGCUGAGUUAGUUUAGGAAGUUUACAUUCGUUUCUAAUUCUAUACUUGUUUUCAGGGGUUUUUUAAACACGUCCUCUAUAUCAUGUUAAUCUGGCAAGAAAUAUGACUUGCUUUUCGCUGAACUUAACUCUGAUAUUAGUAAAGUCAAGUCAUAAAAUAAUCCUGUGUCAUGUGACUUUGGCACCGUCUAGACAUACUUAGUUUUAACUUCACGAAGUCUGGCCUCCCAUUAGAAAUAAUUAUAUCUCAGAUGAGUAAUGUCUGCUUCCCAGGGUUCUGAAAAGGCAAACUCAUGAAAUGCCACUGAAAAGAACUUUCAGCACAGCAUACUGCAUGUAAAAGGAUUGUUCGUUUGCUUUAUUUGUGUAGAUUUCUAGUUGUGUUUUACGUUAUGGUAAUAUUUCAAAAUGAACAGAUAACAUAUGCAAACAGUCUAAAUUCAUCUUGAGUUUCUUCUAGGUGUAAGCAGACAAAAUGUUGCCCAGAAUCAGUGUUGGGUGUUCAGUUUAUAUUAAAUAUACUGAGUCGCCCAUUUUGAAAAUGCACUUUGAAUAAUCUCAAAAAAAUACACGAGCUAUACCUGUAAACCACAAAAUGAAGCCCAAGGCUUCUGCUCAGUUUCUUAGAGCCCUUUAUUUACCAUGUAAAAUUUGUCUGAUAUUUGAUUUGUGAUACAAUAUCUCCUUCUAAAGCUGCUAUUAUUCUGACAAGGUAGAGGUCCAGGUUUAUCUGCAAAUACAUAUAAAACAACUGAAUUGGAUGUAAAAUACCACUUAUAUCCUAAGGAGAGAUAAAUGUUAGCAUUCUUCUGGUACUUGAAUAAGUCAGUGAUAAAGUUUGCAAGGGGAUACAGUUAGGGUGGAAAAUGUACUCCACUUUCACUGGAAAAAAAACUUUCAGUAUGUUUUGAUGAUAGAAAUCUAUUGCUUUGUCAUGAAUUAAGCAAUUAUAUUGGAUUUUACAAGACAUUUAACAGUAAAUUAUGUUUCUGUAUGUAAAAUAACUAGCCCCUUAUUAGAGAGACAGUGUUAUAUGUACUUACAAAAGUUAUGGAAGUUCCAUUGGGAUGGUAUUGAUCUUUGUAUUUUUCCAAAGUAGUACUUUGAAUUGCUAGUCCUUUAUGCAAUGUCUUAGCAAUAGUCACUCUAAUUGCCCCUCCAGGAGAAGUGGGCAGUAAUUUUUCAUCAUGAAAACGAUAUAUUAUACAUUUAGUCUCUUCCCUUUGCAGUAUUGCACUUUUGUUUAACCAGAGUACACCUUUGAGAUAGCCAAAGUUUUUCAAACACAGUACACUUAGGUUGCCGAUGGAGUAUUUCAUCACCAUCCAUAGCUCCCUUCCCUCACUCUACUUCUACCCACAUGAUCUUUAUUCUUUUCCCCAAUUAAAAAAAAGAAAGAAAGAUAAGAAAAAGGUGGGGAAAGCCCUAGAUCUUGUCACUAAAAUCUAAUUUAUAUCAAAUUUAUGAGAUAAAGUAUUUUCCUAAUUAAUGCUCAAAUGAAUUUGGUUAACAUCUUAGUGAUUCCCUUUCUAUGUAAUAAGGUAAAUGCAGUUUUAAAAAUAUUAAGGCUGAUAUUAACUUUAAACAUUCUCUUGGGUUUCGAGACACUUCUAUUUAUUAUUGAUUGGGGGAAAGUUAUCCAGCUAUCAGGUUUUUUAAAAAACAAACAAACAUGCAAAUAUGGUUGUAGAGAGUUAAGGGUUAUAAGGAAAAAUAUCAGUAGAAUUACAUAAUACUAAAGUUGCCGUUGAAAGAAUAUCCAAGUAUGUGUUGGUAGUUACUAAAAGAAUUAUAGCUGUUAUUGCCUUGUAUUUAUAGUCCUUGUUUCAGGUUUCAUGAUACAAGUCUUAGUCCAACUUUUCUUUUGGACAUUUGCAAUAUUUACCAGUUGUGUUUUGUGUAGUCUGAAUUUGCUUUCUGUAGUUGAGCAAACGUCUUAAAAAGUCAUUUGUAAUUUAUUAAAUUACUUUCUAUGAUGUUCUAUAGAGCAAAUGGAAGUUUAAUUAUUUUUUAUUAAACAUAUUCUUUGACUACCCACGA